AUGGCGUCCGUUAUCAGUCCUGGCGAAGCUGUCGCCAGAAUCGCAUACCUUUCCUCCGACACCAUCAUCUCCGUCCAGCCUUCACUAGACACCGAGUCCGAGUUCUCCGUCUUCCUCCACCAGUACGCGGCGAACAAGGCAUCGAGCCUGGUGUGCAAAGAUGUGCCAGAGGUGCAGAGUGUUCGCCACAAUGCCGACCCUCUGCUCUCAGCAGUACAGCCAGUUCGGGAUGGGAGGAUCACGAGCGUGACUACGACCAGCGGCGUGCUCGUCAAGAGCAUCCCGCAUCUAUACAAGUUGGCGCAGCACCCAGUGGUAAUACACGUGAGCCUGCACCCGACAGGCUACCCUGACUAUGCGGACAUCACGAGCAUACGAAACACUGGCUUCACAUUCCUACAAAGCAACUCGCUGCAGGAGGCGCAGGAUUUGGCUCUGAGCGCGCACGCACUUGCGAUCCGGAGUGGCAAAGGUGUCAUACAUUUCUUCGAUGCGGCAAACUCGAAGAGCGACCAGCCUAUCCCGCAUGAGAACAGAGAGCUGGUCUCGAACGUGCUGAACAGGGACUUGGCGCAGCAGUUCCAGUCUAACAGGAGCGAGGAGAGCACACUUUACGUCAGCGAAGGAAAGCCUUCAACCGCAAUCGGCGCGGAGCUUGCAAGUGGUGCUGGCAAGGCAGAUCUACCAACAUCACCCGCGCAGGCCACACCGGCCGACACACGAGAUCCAUCCACAGCCUCUUCCUCCUCCUCCGACAGACGAGCUAGCAGUUCGCAUGCUUCUGAAGCCGAGUCGGCCACAACCCUGUCAUCACAGCCCAAGCCCGUGGACUCCGAUGACAUCGACUUCAUCUGCUCCAGCAUUUGGUCGCAGAUCAAGACCUCCACCGGCAGGUCGUAUUCUGCUUUCCAAUACACUGGUCCUCAGAACGCAGAAGCUGCUCUGUUCUUGUUCGGCUCCGACCCUGGCCUCUUCAGUCGAGAAUUUGAUGCCGCCUCCACCUCGGACUUCUUUUCGCAUGUCGGGCUCAUCACACCCACUCUCUACCGACCUUGGCUGUCAGAGCGUCUGGUUGAGGCUCUCCCCAAGAGUGUGAAGAAGAUUGCAGUCUUGGAGCAGAUCAAGCGGAAGACGACGAGAUGGGGUCCGAUUCUGCUUGACCUUCUUACUGCGUUGAAGGGCUCAGAGCUCGAGAAGGUACCGGCUAUUGUUGGAUACCAGCUCGGAUACAUCGAGUACACCACCGUCACGCAGGCCCUGAGCGGCAUUUUCCAGAACCUCUUGUCGAACCACCCGAUUCAAAACCUUGAGAUUGGCGCCCACGAUGCGCCUACCCUCAGCCUUGCUGGCGUUCAGAAAGAGCUUGAAUUGUCCCAGCCGGCAUUGGAGAAUGCCUACAUGAAGAUCUUGGAUCAGGUGUUUGGGCAGCGGUUAUACAUUGCGAACGCACUCAAAGCGAAUAAUGCUGGUGUUACAAGCACUUUGAAGUCGAGCCCGGAGUAUGGCUUCGGAUCCCUGGUAGCGCGUGCAGAGCACAGAAGACGAUUCGUGGGCGAGGCGCAAACAGCUGCGAAGACCCGAGAUUUUACCACGGACAUCCCGCAGAAGUGGCUAUCACAGUGGGCUCUGGUGGCAGACAAGGCGGACGAGGUCAACAACAUCGCACCUGAGGUCAUUGCGAGAUUAUCGACUGAUGGCUCUCCUGCUGCUUCAACGCUCCUCCAGUCCAAGGGUCUCUUCUACAAGGAGAGCCAAUGGCUUAUUGGCAGCGAUGCUUGGUCCUACGAUCUCGGCAACAGCGGUGUGCAUCAUGUCAUCGCUUCCGGCAAGAACGUGAACAUGCUCAUUGUCGACUCUACACCGUACUCCGAGCGCGCCGCGCAGGACGCAGCACGGAGGAAGAAGGACAUUGGCCUUUACGCUAUGAACUAUGGCAAUACUUACGUGGCGUCUGUGGCUGUCUACAGCUCGUACACGCAGGUCCUGCAAGCUAUGAUGGAAGCGGAAGCAUACGAUGGUCCUUCGGUCGUCAUUGCGUACCUUCCCUAUAACAAGGAGACUGACAGCCCACUCGUUACGCUCCAGGAGACGAAGAAGGCCGUGGAUCUUGGAUACUGGCCACUGUACAGGUGGGAUCCUAAAGCUGAAGAGAAGGGCGAGGAGUGCUUCAAGCUUGACUCUGAGAGGAUCAAGCAGGAGCUGCAAGAGUUCUUGAAGCGAGACAACCACAUGUCGCAGUUGAUGAGACGGCACCCGCAAUACCACGCCAACCUGUCUGAAAGCUACGGCAGCGAGGUCCGCAAGGUGCAAAAGCGCAACGCCAAGGACGCAUACGAAGCUCUGCUGGAAGGUCUCCAGGGCGCGCCUAUGACGAUCCUGUUCGCAAGUGACAACGGCAACGCCGAGAACCUGUCUAAGCGACUUGGGAACCGUGGUAAGGCUCGAGGACUGAAGACCAUGGUCAUGGCUAUGGACGACUACCCGCUCGAAGACCUUGGAAAUGAGGAGAACGUCGUGUGCAUUACUUCAACAGCUGGCCAAGGAGAGUUCCCGCAGAACGGCAGGAAUUUCUGGGAAGGCGUCAAGAACUCGACGGAUCUCGAUCUGGCUAAUGUGCACUUCACUGUGUUCGCGCUUGGUGAUAGCCACUACUGGCCUCGGAAGGAGGAUAAGCACUACUACAACAAGCCUGGAAAGGAUCUCUUCUCGCGUCUGGCUGCCUUGGGCGGCAAGGAGAUCGUUGAGAUUGGUCUUGGUGACGACCAGGAGCCUGAUGGGUACCAGACUGGUUACGGAGAGUGGGAGCCCAAGCUUUGGGAUGCGAUGGGUGUUGGAAAUGUCGAAGGCCUCCCUGACGAGCCACCGCCAAUCACCAACGAGGACAUCAAGAUCGAGAGCAACUUCCUACGAGGCACGAUCGUAGAGGGCCUGAACGACCCCACGACCGGUGCCAUCAGCGCCGCUGACCAGCAGCUCACGAAGUUCCACGGCACAUACAUGCAGGACGAUCGUGACCUUCGUGACGAGAGGAAGGCACAGGGUCUGGAGCCAGCGUACAGCUUCAUGAUCCGAUGCCGACUGCCUGCCGGUGUCGCGACACCAGACCAAUGGAUGCAGAUGGACGAGAUCUCGACGAACCUGGGCAACGAGACCAUCAAGCUCACCACACGGCAGACCUUCCAGUUCCAUGGUGUGGUCAAGGGCAAGCUUAAGCCGGCCAUGCAAGCUAUCAACCGUGCGCUGAUGACCACUAUUGCUGCCUGCGGCGAUGUCAACCGGAAUGUGAUGUGCUCAGCACUGCCAGAAAUGUCCGCUCUUCACGCCGAGGCACAUGCCGCAGCGAAGAAGAUCAGCGAUCACUUGCUUCCGAGCACUACUGCAUACCACGAGAUCUGGCUUCAAGACGAGAACGACAAGAAGGUACAGGUUGCCGGUGACGCUGUGCAGGAUUUUGAGCCCCUAUACGGACCGACAUACUUGCCCAGAAAGUUCAAGAUCACCAUUGCUGUACCGCCGCACAACGACACCGACGUGUAUGCUCACGACAUUGGCUUGAUCGCCAUUAAGAACGACGACGGUACGCUCAAGGGCUUCAACGUCCUCGCUGGUGGUGGUAUGGGUGCCACGCACAACAUGAAGAAGACCUACCCACAGGUCGGCCGCAUGUUUGGCUACGUUGACAAGGAGGAAGUGCACCUAGUCUGCGAGAAGAUCAUGCUCGUGCAGAAGGACAACGGCGAUCGUAAGAACCGCAAGCACGCUCGUCUGAAGUACACGAUCGACGACAUGGGCGUAGACGUGUUCAAGGGCAAGGUGGAAGAGCUUUGGGGCCGCAAAUUCGGGGACGAGAAACCCUUCCACUUCGACAGCAACAUCGAUACCUUCGGCUGGCUGCGCGACGAGAAGGGCAUGAACCACUUCACCAUGUUCAUCGAGAACGGCCGCGUGGAAGACACCGCCGAGUUCCCGAUGAAGACUGGUCUCCGCGAGAUCGCUAAAGUGCACAAGGGCGAGUUCCGCUUAACGGGAAACCAACAUCUCAUCCUCUCCAACGUCGCCGACGGCGACCUCGACACGAUGAAGGAUCUGCUGAAGAAGCACAAGCUGGACAACACCAACUUCUCCGGCAUGCGUCUGUCGUCCUCCGCUUGCGUGGCGUUCCCCACUUGUGGUUUGGCUAUGGCGGAAUCAGAACGCUAUCUCCCCGAACUCAUCUCCAAACUCGAAGGCGUGCUCGAAGAGAACGGCAUGCGUCAAGACAGCAUCGUCAUGCGCAUGACCGGAUGUCCGAACGGUUGCGCCCGUCCCUGGCUUGCCGAAGUCGCAUUUGUCGGCAAGGCUUACGGAGCCUACAACAUGUACCUCGGCGGCGGGUAUCACGGCAAUAGGCUGAAUAAGCUGUACAGGAGCAGCAUCAAGGAGGAGGAGAUUCUGGGGAUCAUGAAGCCGCUUUUGAAGCGGUAUGCGCUGGAGAGGGAGGAGGGGGAGAAGUUGGGCGAUUUUGUGGUGAGGAUUGGGAUGAUUAAGGCGACGAGGGAUGGGAGGGAUUUCCAUGAGGAUACGGCUGAGGUCGAGAGUGAUGAUGAGGCUUGA